GCGUCGCGAUCGAUCUUUAUUGCCUCAACAUUUGCCCAAAGACUCGAUUGAUCAACAUACAUUAGAAAAAAUGGAUCAGUACGAUGAGUGGGGAAACUACAUUGGUGACUUGUCUGACGACUCGGAUUCAGAAGGACUUGGGGAGAAGACCUCACACGCGAAGCUGCCUUCACCCAGUGACUUUGACUCGAAUCCUCUCGGCGCGCUGCCUGAACCUGAUGACCAUGCAUUGAUGGAGAUCGACGAUAUUGGACCAAGUCAAGCUGUAGUACUCCAUGACGACAAAAAAUAUUACCCCUUGGCUUCCGAGCUUUAUGGUCCAGAUGUUGAGACUAUGGUUGAAGAGGAAGAUGCACAACCUUUGAGCGAGCCUAUCAUCAAUCCAAUCAAAGUUCGAAAAUUCACAAUAUUGGAAAAGGGAGCUGAUGUUCCCGAGACAACGUUUCCAAAACAAUUCAUGUUGGACCUGAUGAGUCAUUCUGAAUCCGUUCGAAACGUGGCCGUUGUUGGUCAUUUGCAUCACGGUAAGACGUCAUUGAUUGACAUGUUGGUUCAUGAAACUCAUCCAUUUGAUUGGGAUACAAGCAAACCUUUACGUUACACCGACACCCAUAUCUUGUCUCAACAAAGAGGAAUUUCAUUGAAGUCUUCAUCCAUGUCAUUUGUGCUGCCCAACUCGAAAAAUAAAUCAUUCCUAGUCAACAUGAUUGAUACUCCCGGCCACGUCAACUUUCUAGAUGAAGUGACUAACUCAUUACGACUGGUAGAUGGUGCCAUCCUGGUAGUCGAUGCUGUAGAAGGGGUGUUGGUCACAUCAGAAAAGAUUAUCAGGCAUCUUUUACAAGAAAACAUUCCGAUCGUGUUGGUAGUCAAUAAAGUGGAUCGACUGAUAUUGGAGCUACGUCUCCCCCCAGCUGACGCCUAUUAUAAAUUAAAGCAUACUAUUGAGGAAGUCAAUACAAUCAUCUCAAGUGUGAACCCAGAUCCUAAAUUCCGUGUAUCUCCCGAGUUAGGGAAUGUAGGUUUUGCCUCAACGGAGAUGGGAUGGUGUUUUAAUCUUACUAGCUUUGCUAAGAUGUACCGAGAUACAUAUUGUCAGGACAAACGAGACCUUUUUGAUAUUGAGGAAUUUGGUAAACGUCUUUGGGGAAAUGUAUGGUACAUGCCAGAGGAGAAGAAGUUUGUCAAGAAGAACAAAGGAUCGAGUGUACGAUCGUUUGAUCAUUUUAUUCUAGAGCCUCUCUACAAGCUCUAUGGACAGGUUUUAGGCUCGGAGCAGACAGAGCUGCAAGAAACUCUUUCCACUCUCGGAAUCUACCUUAAACCCUCUGCUUACAAACUCGACGUUCGGCCUUUACUUCGAAUUGUCCUAUCCCAAUUUUUUGGACCCUCGACCGGUUUGGUGGACAUGAUUGCUGCACAUAUUCCAGAUCCUCGACUUUCUGCCGACAGCAAACUCUUGACGAAUUAUACUGGUCCUUUGGACUCCCCCAUUGCUAACCACAUUCGAGAGAGCGACCCUAAAGGCCCUCUCAUCAUUCAAGUCACAAAGCUAUACCCCACUCAUGAUGCCGGGGAAUUCAGGUCGUUCGGAAGGGUGCUCAGUGGAGUGGCACGAGCUGGUGUCAAAGUUAAAGUUUUGGGUGAGGGAUACUCCGUCAAUGAUGAAGAAGACAUGAUAGAAGCUACAAUCGAAAAGGUUUUCAUUUCGGAAUCUCGUUAUUCGAUCGAGACCAGUGGAGUUCCUGCCGGAAACCUCUGUUUGCUAUCUGGAAUUGAUAACUCGAUAACAAAAACAGCUACCGUCAUCGAAAGCUCCUACGCCUCCUCAGGUGGUGCUGGCGAAGGGGAGAGCCUGUACAUCUUUAAGCCGAUCGCCCAUCUCACAAAGUCUAUUCUGAAGAUUGCUGUUGAACCGCUUAAUCCCUCCGAAUUACCGAAAUUGUUGGAAGGGUUGAGAAAAGUCAAUAAGACUUAUCCAUUGGUUGAGAUCAAAGUUGAAGAGUCUGGUGAACAUGUGGUGAUUGGAACAGGCGAGAUUUAUCUUGAUUGUUGUCUGUUUGAUUUACGUGAGAUCUUUUCAGAAAUUGAGAUCAAAGUGUCGGAUCCGGUAGUCAAAUUUUGUGAGACAGUAGUUGACACCUCUGUCAUCAGGUGUUACGCCGAAACUCCUAACAAAAAAAACAAACUGACGAUGAUCGCAGAGCCCUUAGAGCGAGGGAUUGCAGAAGAUAUCGAAUCUGGUCGAAUCAAUAUCAGGAUGCCACCUAAAACACUGAGUCAGCAUUUCAUGGGUACUUAUCAAUGGGAUCUUUUAUCCUCUCGCUCGAUUUGGGCAUUUGGUCCUGAAGAAGAAGGCGGCGGGACCAACAUUUUGAUGAAUGAUACGCUGCCCACCGAGGUUGAUCGAAUCUUGUUGUCAAGUGUGAAGGAGAGUGUCAAACAAGGGUUUCAGUGGGGAACAAGGGAGGGCCCUAUUUGUGAUGAACCAAUCCGGAAUGUCAAGUUUCGUCUUUUAGACGCCACCCUAGCUGACGAGCCAAUCUAUCGAGGAGGUGGUCAGAUCAUCCCAACAGCAAGACGUGUCUGCUAUUCUUCCUUCAUGAUGGCAACUCCUAGACUCAUGGAACCUGUAUAUUACAUCGAAGUGCAAGCUCCAGCCGACUGUGUGCCUGCUGUUUAUGCAGUUUUGGCGAGGCGAAGAGGGCAUGUUACACAAGAUAUCCCUAAACCUGGAUCACCUCUCUACACAGUGAAAGCGUACAUACCAGUGAUCGAUGCCAACGGUUUUGAAACCGACCUACGAACCCAUACCCAAGGACAAAGUUUCUGCUUACAAACAUUUGAUCACUGGUCCAUAGUUCCUGGUGACCCUACCGACAAGUCUAUUGUUCUUCGUCCUUUAGAACCCGCCUCUGCGCAAGCAUUGGCACGAGAUAUGGCAUUGAAGACUCGUCGGAGGAAAGGUCUUGGUGAUAAUAUGUCGGUGGCCAAGUACAUCGAAGCAGAUCUCGUUUCAGCUUUAAUUGCAGCUGGUCAAGAAGAUCUGCUAGGUUGAACGCAGAAAAUCCAAUAUAAGACUUGAAGUUUUUUUUCCUUUGGAGAUUAUGUUAGCAUGUAAUCUUGCUCUCAUAGAUGAUGUAUUUGAUAUCAAGAGUGUGUUUUGCAGCUAUUUGUUGAUGAAUGAAAUAAAAAAGUGCAUCAAGAUGUAGAAAGUUUGCAAUUUAUUCAAACCUUGUGGUACAC